UCAAAAAACCAAACGAUUUGACAACGCUACUUAAAAAUAAAAAUUCAUUUUGCAUCGGCGUGCUGUGUUAUUUUAACUAUUUAAAUUAAAGAUGUCCUUUGAUGCGAUUCCAAAAGAUUUGCGUGGUCUACGUGCUUGUUUAGUUUGCUCCCUUGUUAAGACUUUCGAUCAAUUUGAGAAUGAUGGCUGCGAGAAUUGUGAGGAAUUCUUGCGCAUGAAGGGAAACAAGGACAACGUCUACGAUCACACUAGUAACAAUUUUGAUGGAAUUAUCGCACUGACAACACCCAACGAUUCCUGGGUGGCAAAAUGGCAACGACUAGCUCGCUUUACACGCGGCAUCUAUGCAAUUUCUGUCUCGGGCACUUUGCCGAACUCCACACUGCGUGAUAUGAAGAAUCGAGGCAUAGUAUUCAAGUCGAGGGACAGAAGUCAACGUUAACCAUCAAUAUCAAUAUUGCGUAUAAAAUAUUUAUUUUAAGUAAUAACAAAACCAAUAGAAUAAAAUACAAUUGUAAGCAAUGAGCAUAUCAAUCA